UUUAUGUUGAAAUGUCUUACUUAAAAUAUGCACGUUUUACAAAUCAAUAUAUUUGUGAAAUUACAGAAUAGCUUUUAGCAGAAGAAGGAUGUUUUGAGUACUAGACUAAAUGGAUUGUUUACCUUUUCCUUAAGUUUUUUUGGGGAAAGCGUUACAUACCGUGUUUCCCCUUUUUUAAGACACCGUCUUAUAACUUUUUUUCUGAAAAAAAACACACGGUGUCUUAUUUUCAGGGGAUGUCUUAUUUUUUUAUUACCGAUAGCCUACUGGAGGAAGGCAAACAUUACAGUAUAUCCUGCUCUGCUCGCAAGAAUUCCUAGAGGAUCGCACUUUCCUGUUAUUUAUAUAGCACUUUUAUUUACAUAUUUAAAAUUUCCAAGCUUGCUUGUUUCAGUUCUAUACCACCUUUGCAGGUGGUUAAUCAAGCUAUUAACAUGACAAAUUAAAGCGAAAGAAUAUUAAAAUGGACUUAUCAAUCAGCACAAAAAAGCAACCUAAAAGCCAGCAUAAACACAAGCAGCAUAAAGUACAUGCAGGUCCUGCUGUCCACCUGCUCACUAUCUACCUGUUCACUUAUCCAAACAGAAAUAAUCAUGAAAACCUGGCUACACACUCCACAGAUUCAGAUAUCCAAAGAGCCGAAGAUUGUCCACUUCUUUACUUGUUGUGCUUGGCUGGUCACUGGCAGCCAUUUUUGGACAGAAACCAUGGCAGGAGGGGACAGAGAUAACCGAUUCCCAAAGGCAUCAAUGGAAAUUGAUACAAAAUUAUGGAUAAUAAUGGAAUAUCUUGGUGGAGGUUCUGCUCUUGACCUUUUAGAACCAGGGUCUCUUGAUGAAAUCCAGAUUGCUACGAUACUGAGAGAGAUUCUGAAAGGCCUUGAUUAUUUGCAUUCAGAAAAGAAAAUCCACAGAGAUAUUAAAGCUGCUAAUGUGCUGCUGUCUGAACAAGGAGAAGUCAAACUAGCAGACUUUGGUGUAGCCGGACAACUAACUGAUACACAAAUAAAGAGAAAUACCUUUGUGGGUACACCGUUUUGGAUGGCACCAGAAGUAAUCAAGCAGUCAGCGUAUGAUUCAAAGGCAGAUAUCUGGUCACUGGGCAUAACAGCCAUAGAGCUUGCGAAAGGUGAGCCUCCACAUUCAGAGCUACAUCCCAUGAAAGUUCUCUUCCUGAUUCCAAAGAACAACCCACCAACAUUAGAAGGAAACUACAGCAAACCUCUGAAGGAGUUUGUUGAAGCCUGCUUGAACAAGGACCCAAGUUUUAGACCAACGGCAAAAGAACUCCUGAAGCACAAGUUUAUAAUACGGAAUGCGAAGAAAACAUCUUACUUGACAGAUCUCAUCGACAGGCAUAAAAGAUGGAAGUCUGAGCAGAACCAUGAUAACUCCAGCUCUGAAGAUUCAGAUGGGGAAACAGAUGGCCAAGCCUCUGGUGGCAGUGAUUCAGGUGACUGGAUAUUUACAAUCCGAGAGAAAGAUCCCAAGAACCUCGAGAAUGGAGCUACGCAGCUACACGAGUGGGAAAGGAACAAGGAAAAUACCAUUCAAAGGCGUCCUUUAUCUCGGUGCUUAUCAACAAUCAUAUCGCCAUUAUUCACAGAGCUGAAAGAGAGGAGUCAAGCUUGUGGGGGGAACAUGGGAUCCAUAGAAGAACUGAGAGAGGCGAUCUAUUUGGCUGAAGAAGCAUGUCCAGGCAUUUCAGAUACCAUGGUGACAGAGCUUGUGGAGAGGCUUCAGAGGUAUUCAGUAACUGGAGGAGGAAGCACAUCAUCCCACUAAAGUAUUGUUUCGUGGCGUUUGCCUGUUCGAUGUGGCUCCUAUAGGCACCUCCUCUAAUGCUGGUCUGCCACUGUUGCUCUCAGUGGUGAGCUCUCCAGUAUGUGGACAUUCCUGAAGGUGCAGCAACACAAAUGGACAACUUGGCAAGGGCAUUGUUUUUCAGCUCUGUAUAGUUUUUUUUUAAAGAAAAAACAAUAAUGCACAUAUUCAAAGGAGGUAUCUUUUUAAAUUUCUGAGAUGUAUAUUUAGGAUUGCAGUUAGGAAACUAAAGCUAUUGUGAAAUCUCAGGUAUCUUGCUUUAAGUCAUUGGUCUUCAACUCAACGAUCCAGAUCCAGAAGCGAUUUAUGUCUCAAUCUAAAAGUGGGUGCCCCAAUGGUACGGCCAUUGUUUUCUUUCAGGGUCUUAUUUUAACAAAAUGCAGAAGAUAGGGAGAUGAAAUAAAGGGGUGGGGGGACUAAGUGGAUAUCAUAUUUUAGGUUGGGAUUUAAGAUGGAUCUCGGACCUGAACAAGUUGAAGACAACUGCUUUAAGUCGAUGAAUCUGUGUAUUGGAAAACAUACCAUUGGCUCUGUGUACAGAUUUGUAUAUAGUCACUUUUUUUACUCAAAACUUGCUCAAUGUGCAUAUAGAAUCCCUCUGUACAAAUGGCCAAGUUCUCUGUAGAUGAUGCUAGUGAGGUAAAUAUUUUGACAGGUCACAACUGAUUAUUGGCUUGCCUUUUGUUAUAUGAAAUUUUCGAACCGUAUGACAAGAGGUUUGAUUUGACCUUGUAUUUGUAGGUCAAAAAGCUGUGCUAUAAAAAAUCUGGUUUGUACCUCAGAUGCAAAGUUUGCUCUAGUUUUGUUACACGGUGUUAUUCUUUUUAUUAAUCUAGAGUUGGGUUUCUAAUCAUGGUACGACAUUGAUUAUUUCAGUUUCCUGAAUCACUUGGUUUGAGGUUCUCCAAUACUUGUUUGCUUUAGUGGUUGUUGUUUUUUACCAGUCUAAAUUGUGCCAAUCCAAAGUCUGAAUUCAGUUUUAUUAGGUUUUUUUUUAACUUGUAAAAUCAGAACAUCUCAUACAACUAAAUACUUUCCCCCCUCUUGAAACACCACUUAAGAGAUUCUGGCUGGAUAAUGGCAAUUUGUAAGAUGGUGAUCUUAAAAACAAUAUAAAAUAUAUGAAGCUUAUGUAUAUGAAAACUUUUAAUCAUGAUCAUUGAGAGAUACAUUUGAUUUAACUUGGUAUCCAAGAUCCAUUGUUAAGGGGGAGAAUACUUGAAAUUUCAUCAAAACUUAAAAUAGAUAUUCUCACUGCUGUACUUUAGUUAAAUAUCUGUAUAUUUGCUUGUUACAUCUUUUGUGGUUCAUCUUCUGAACUCAGCCUCUUUUACAAUGGGCAGAAAUCAGUAGAAUGUCAACAUUUUGCCUAUUGGAAUUUUUUUUGUAAAUGCUGUAUAAAUAUCUGAUAAGAUAUUCCAUUGACUCUAUUUCUUUUCAAGAAAUUCCUUGAGGUGAAUGGAAUAAAUCAGUGUGAAGAUUUAGUUCUCAAGAAUUAUUAAAAGGGGCUAACUAAAGAAAAUAGGUUGCUGGCAAUGACUUACAUCACAAUCCAACCAUGUCUAGUCAGGAGUAAGUCCUAUUGAUUUCAGUGGGACUUACUCCUAAGUAAAGGAGGGUAGGCUUGCAGCCUUAGUCAACAUUUUUAAUAUUUCACAGUUCUGAGUGAACGUGAAACCUUUGUUUUAGUCUUCAAUAAUAUUAAACACGUUAAAGUCCAACUUUAACUCGGAACGUACCCUUUUGAGUCCAACCAUGCCUGUUCACACGAGGGAGAACUUCCUAUGCCAUAUGGACUAAAGAUGAGCCAGGUGUGAAAAUGCACUUCCAACACUUAUACCAUAUUCUGCCUGCUAAAAUGGUCUGAUAUAAACUGAUUUUGCAGCUACCUCCUCUAUAGGGUUGCCCCUAAGGCUCCCUGAAAAGACUUCCCUGAGGGUUGGAGAGCUCUAAUGAUUGUGGUGGGCUGUGACACGAGGCACAGAGGGAAGGGGGGAAUCUUGUAAAACAGAGAGGAGGUAACCUCUGGAAGUGAGACCAGCCUGCCUGAAUCAUAGGAGCCGAGUACUGGUGAAAAAGAGGCAACUUUUAAUCUGAAGAGGGUACCCUAUGGAAAAACUCACACACGCGUGAUCCAGUUUUCAGGUAUGUCUGCAUGGAGCCUAAGACCUAACAGCAUUUUCCAAAUUGAGCUUCUAGAAAUUAUUUGUGAACGAUCUGUUACUGUAAGAAAAAUAAUUGCAAUUCACAUGGCCACCUACCAGUAACUGCAAUUCACUUUGUUAGGAGUAUUCAGUUUGAGACUGAAGCAGAAAACUCUCUUGAAGAUUUGGGCAUUGGACUUCAAGAGGCACCUUGGCCUCUCUCUUUUUAAUUGGUAGUUUUUUUGUGGUACUAUAUUUGCAUAAUUGGGCAGAUCUUCUACAAAGAACAGAGGUGUUUAGUUGAAGACUUGCUGAAAGAUUUAGGGAUUUGCACCCGAAUCGUAUGCCUAUUUACCCAAGUCCCACACUGAAUUCAGUUGGAUUUGCUCCCAAAUAAACAUGCAUAGGAUUACAGAACAAUAAUUUUUGUGGGUGAGGAUGUCCAGUUAUGGUGUCCUGCUUAUGCAAUGGACUGUACUUUAGCAGGGUUUCUCCUCCUCCUGCGCACCUCCAAAAUUUGUUCGCAGGUGGGAGCCUGCAGGAGGGAAACUCCUGUUGCGUUUGAUGUCGUGACUGAUGUCGUGACAUUCACGCUCACCCUCCUGUAAAAUUGCAGUUUUCUUCUUGUUAUGAUCAAUUCGGAAUGUAGUUCCAAAUUACCUCUCAAAACUUUGCUAUAUGUUUUUUAUUUUGGCCUUUUAAGUUAUUGGGUGUCACGUUUUAAAUGAUGUAUUAGAAUUGUGUUCUUCUAGGGAAAUGCAACAUUGCGGUGUAUGAUCUCUGCAUUUUCUAUGUGCAUGGUGCCAGCUGGGCCAUUGGCUUAUGCCUCCUGGUGUUGAUGGGUGUUGCACUAAAAAUCCUCUAGAGAGCACCAUUAUGGAAAAGGCUGGAGUAGCUAAUACAGCUUUUUUUCAUCCCUUGGCCAGGGGAGGUUUCGGUCUUAACAUAUUCUUGCUAGUGAGCACCAAACGCUUCCACAGUUACUCUAGAAAUUUCCCACUUUUUCAAGAUUUAGUAUAAUUAGGGGGCUAAGCGAGCUGUAAAAAUAAACUCAAGUCUUUCGAACAAGAAAGGCUUCCAGUUUGUAUGGGUCGGGUCACUUUUCAUGUGUUUCGUUAGAAAUCUGCUUCUGUUGCCGUUCCACUCUUGUAGUUGCGUGUAGGAAGUUAGGUGGCUGUUGUGUUGGUGCACAGAACCUCUGGUGGAAUAGUGAAAGUCUCCUGUUUUCUGAUUAGGUGCCAUGGGCUCUUUGGUUCCCCCAAUAGUUGGUCGUUUUGGGAGUUGCAUCUGGUCUUGUUUUGUUAUUGUCAUGUAGCGUUUUGUAUUUUUGGUACCUUGCAGCACGGGCGUUUUUGUUAACAACUUUAGGAGAAGUUCAGGGGUUUAUUCUUCUAGUUGUCCCCUCCCUGCAGCACACCCACCUCUGCUUAUUGACUGGGGCGGGUAAUGUGUGUCUUGGCUUUUCUGCAUAAUGAUGAUUAACAUGAUUACCACUUCCGUCACCUGUUUUGAAGAGGAGGGAUCACGGCAGCUGCAGCGCUGUAGUGCAUGAGAUCCUGAGACCUAUUCCUACACCUCACCUUGUUGUAGCCAUUGCAGAAGCAUCUGAAUUUGCCCCACAUUUUCUUUAUAGACAUUUGCUACUAAAUUGAAGUUGCAAAUGCACAGUGGAAAAAAGAUUGGAAAAAGGAUUGCCCCAUGACACCUGAAAGGUCAGAUUUGUCGUCGUGUUUUCAUUGGCUAGAGUCCUCUUGAUCAGAUGCAUGUAGGGUUAUCAGUUAGCAGAUGCGCAUACAUGUAACCAGUGUGCCCAAAUGCAAGAGACAUCAGUCAACAAAAGCCCCGGUGGUGGGUCUUGUAUCUGUUUGGAUUCUGCAGACUUUCAUCUGCCUCUCGUGAUUCGUGAUUUUGGCGCCACUGAUUACAACUUUUCUUCGGUACUUGUGUGCAUCUAGAUGGCCCUUUAUGCAUCUGAUAAAGUAAACACUGCCGUAAUCAAUUUAAAGAAGCAGCGUAGGAUUUAAAUUUUUGUAAAUAAGAAAUCCAGAAAUCUUUCGAAACAGAAAGUUUUCCACUUCUAAAAACAAGUUGUUCCAUAAAAUUAGUAACAUAAUAAACAGAUACAGAACUAGUUAACUUAUGCAGUAUCAGAGUUGAAAUUACUAUUAAUUAUUAUUUUAGGUACGAUCCCUUGGGAGAAUGCAUGCAUAUAUAAUACAAACACAUAGGUUUUGGGUGUGCAGAAAAUUAGCGUUGACAGGUUUCAGUGCCUUCCCCUAAAAUUUAAACCAUGUGAAGUGAUAUAUGCUAUUAAGUCACAAAUAAUUUUUAUUGGAAUAUUUUAUGUAAACCUUUGAAUUUGUACCGACUAUGACAUUUAAACACAUUUGCUUUAUUGACUCCCCCCCCCAAUUAAAUAUUUCACUUAAUACUUUGGGCUGUUGGGAAAAAAAUGUGAUAUUUAUACAGCACAUAAAAUAAUCUGUUACUCAAAAUGUAAAUUAAACAUGCUAAAGCAGAUCUCCAUCAAUUUAGGGCAUCAGAAAAUUCUCUGGAAAUUCUUUCCCCUGGAAAACCUAAUUGAAAGUCUUCCAGUAAACAUACAUCAAUAAGAACAUAGGAAGUUGCCUUAUACUGACUCGGAUCAUUAAGUCUGUCUAGCUCAGUAUUGUCUAUAUCAGGGAUGGGGAGCCUGCAAUCCUCCAGAUGUUUUUGGAACAACAACUCAUAUCAUCCCUGACCAAUGGCUCUGCUGGCUGGGGCUUCUGCACUUCCAACAACUUCAGGAGGGCCUAAGGUUCCCUCCCCCAGAUUGCAUUGUUCCAGAGGUUUUUUCUUUUUCUUUUUGCAGCCCUACCUGGAAAUCCCAGGGAUUGAACCUGUGGCCUUUGGGCACGCAAAAACGUGUGCUGUACCCUACGUAGUCCAGGAGAGCUUACGCCACAAUAAAUCAACUGAGAUGUGACAGUACUGUGUUUGCUGCAGCAGGCUUAAGGCAGCUGCCGCGUUUGAAUCCGUUACAAUAAAGUGGAGUUUAUCUUUAGUUCAUAAGCAGAAGGUACAGUAAACAGACAUUGGGCAUCUUUCCAUAUAAAAUCAGUUUGGGUGAGGAAGGCAGACCUUAACAUAUCAGACCAGGGUGUCUAUUAACCAAGAACAUGCUAAGGAUAUGUUGCAUAGAAUAAGGAGCAAUCACUUGGCUAAAGAGUUUGUCCAUGUGGUUGCUGCCCUCCUCAGCAUGUGUUGGAUUCUUUUUACAGGUAAUUAAAAGAAUUUCCUGGCUGGAUUAGAUCAAAACCUAGUCCAAAGCCACCUGCCUUUAGGAAAUACACAAGCACAGCAAUCUGUUGGUAACUAGCCAUUCUCCUCCCUACCCCAAGUGUCUGGUAAUUGGGUAUCUAUUGUACAUGGAGGUCUCAUUUUUAGCUAUUGUGAGAAAUACCCAAGGAAUAGCCCCUUAUCCUUUUAUCAAAUUCUAUUUUCUUCUGUAAUGCUGUUCUCUAUUUAUAAGCCUGUAUAAAAAAUUGCUUAUGGUCACACAUCAAGCUGUUCUUCAACUCCUUGUAUGUUACAUGACACAGAAAUAAAGAAACGCAACAAUUUUGGGUGUGUGAGUGUGUUUAUGGGCAACAUUUUCUAGGAAAACAGUUUCCAGUAUUUUAAGGAACAUGGGGAGAGAAGGGACAGCAUAGUGGGGAUUCAAAGCAGCUCAUUUAUAUGUGUAUCUGAGAAUUUUAAAACUUUAUUAAUAGCCAUGAUGCGCAGGAAUUGUACUUAUAUACAGCUAAAUAUACAUUAAUUUAUGGUUGUUUGUUCCUGUAGGUUGCUGUCAUAUGAGAAGGUAAGAAACGAUACUUGUCUAAAUUUGGUGGGAGUAGUAAACCCAGCACGAGGUGAAGGUGAGAGGCUCACACAUAGCACAAUUACAACUAUGGGUGAAACUCGGAAAAUUAGAAUAUUGUCGAAAAGUGCAUUUAUUUCAGUAAUGCAACUUAAAAGGUGAAACCAAUAUAUGAGAUAGAUGCAUGACAUGCAAAGCAGGAUAUGUCAAGUCUUUAUUUGUUGUAAUUGUAAUUAUUUGUCAUUAGGCGGGUCAAUUAUAAAUGGAAUGUAAGUAAUGAAAUGUAAUAGCGAUAUUUUUGUUUAUUUUUGUAUUAUUGUAACUAUUUGUUUUAUUACUGUGGAAUUUCCAAAAGAAAGCAUUUGUAAAAAUGGAAAGAAAAAUAAAAAAUAAUAAGUUGCAUUACUGAAAUAAAUGCACUUUCGACGACAUUCUAAUUUUCCAAGUUUCACCUGUAGAUGUCCCUUGUUUUGCACUCCUGGGGUGUAUGUUGGUUGUUUUUGUUAUACUGAAAGAUGGUGCCUAGUUAACCUGGACUGAAUAGCUUGCAGGCAUGCUUACAAGACAGUCACUCUUUUAGUUAUGCUAAAUUAGCAUGUAUAGCUUGAAAGUAGUAAAUAGCAAGAUCAAUCUUCGUUGGUUUUGUUAUUCCCUAAAGGAAUACCACUGGAAAGUCGUGUAUUUUGCAUUUCUUAAAAAUGAGGUUUUCUGUCUUCAAGAUUUCAGUGUCAUGACUGCUUUUUUUAAAAGUAGGGGUACCUUAAAACUACUGGGUGCUUUAAGAUGUUGAUCUAAUUCAUUCCCAUUUCCAGUAAGCUACAUUCUGAACUGUUUUUGCACGUUGUGAAAAGGGCAAAUGUUGCGCUUUCCAGCUGGGCUACAUUUGAUUCAAACAUAGCAAAUGCAAAAACAUUUAAGGAUGUCGUGUCUAACUGCUUUCAAAUGUAUAUACACAAAAUGUGGAUUGGUUUUCUAGUAGCAUUUCUAAACAAAGGUUUGGGAAUAUACCACACGAGAGAGA